AACAGGAUGAAGUUCGUGAAGCUUGCGACCGGCGCCGAGAUCCCAGCCAUUGGCGUGGGCACCUACCGCCUGCGCGGCGCGGAUGCCGAGCGCGUCGUCUACGACGCAGUCCGUCUAGGCUACCGCCACAUUGACACGGCAGCGGUAUACCAGAACGAGACGUUCGUUGGCGCCGCGAUCCGCCGCCUCAUCGCCGAAGGCGUCGUCGCCCGCCAGGAGCUCUUCGUGACGACCAAAGUUUCGCCGCGCUUCAUGGGCUACGACAACACCAAGACGUGCGUGGGCCAGUGCCUUCGCGACCUCGGCCUCGACUACGUCGACCUCAUGCUUGUGCACUGGCCUGGCACGCAAGGCAUGCGCACGGACGAUCCGCGCCAGAAGGACAACCGCGUCGGCACGCUGCGUGCGCUCAAGGAAGGGUUCGAAGCGGGACAUCUCAAGGCCGUUGGCGUCUCCAACUUCAACCUUGUCCACUUUGAGGGCAUUGAAGAGUACCCAGUCCACGUCAACCAGUUUGAGUUCCACCCGCUGCUGUUCACGCCCGAGACGCAGGCGCUACUGAACUACUGCGCGACGAGAGCGAUCGUGGUCGAGGCGUACACGUGCCUCGGCGAGGGCACGCUCCUCAACGCGACCGAGUUUCCCGAGGUCCACGCCGUCGCGCAGAGCGUCGGGUGCACAAUGGCGCAGGUGCUCAUUGCCUGGGCACUGCACCACGGCUGCGUCGUCAUGCCCAAGGCCAGCUCUCCCGAGCGUCUCCGCGAGAACCUCGCCGCCGCCAGCGUCGUCUUGGAGAAGGCCCACGUCGCGGCCUUGGACGCCAUCGUCGCCCGCGUCGGCCGCCGCAAGUUCUGCUGGGACCCCAGCACAAUCGCGUAGACAGUCCGAGAUGCAACGUACAU